AUGACUUCACAAAAUUUUUAUAAAUUACUUUCUCUUAUCAAAAUACAUCCAAUUUUUAAUACAAAUAGUAACAAACAACAGGCUGAUGUAUCUUUACAAUUAGCUGUAUUCUUACGUAGAUUAGCAAGUAAAGGUGAUAUAUUUACUAUUUGUGUUUUAUUUGGUAUAGCAGAAGGCACUGUCAUAUUAUAUACCAAGCGUGUUUUAAUAGCUAUUCUUUCUUUUAAAUUAAAUUUUGUAAAAUGGCCAAGAGACAAUGAAAAAAGACAAGAAGUUUUACAAGGGUUUAGGGAUAUUGGUGAUUUUCAAAAUGUAGUUGGUGCAAUUGAUGGAACUCACAUAAUAUUAAUUAAUAAACCUCCUAAAGAUCCUGAA